UGGAUAACUCGUAUAUUUUCUUUUGAUUCACAUUUGCUUUUUAAGUUUUUUCAAAACUUGGACAGCAUUAUUGAAUGAAAUUGCUAUUUUAGCCUUUCUAUUUCCACUAUUUCCACUGGGGUUGUAUGGAUUUUCCGUUAUUUCAUUUAUCAGCAAUCUAUGAUUUAAAUAAUCUGAUAGAUAUGAUGGAUAUGAUGGAUUUGAAGGAGGAUUUUCCAAAAUAUAAAUACAAAAUCCCUUCCAAAAAACACAAACUUAUUAAACCACAAGUUUAUGUAAUAAGAUUAUUUACUAUAAUAGGAUCAGCAUCAAGAUCAACCAUAAACAUUAUUGAAAUAGCUUUUAGCUUCUGCAGAGAAAUUUUUAUACUAAUGAUAUAAUUUGAUAAUGUUUUAAUAAUAUUUUAAUAAUAUUUGAUAUUAUUGGAUAUUAUUG